AACCCGCGGGGGCCUAACGGCUCGCGAAGCGGCGAUCCGGAUCUGUCUGGUGUUACAGGGUGAUUGCUGCCCUCAGCUCCGCGUGGAGUAGUUCGGCGACCUCGACGUCCGGGUGCUGGGAGCGUCCGUCAUGAGGAGAAGUGAAGUGCUCGCAGAGGAGUCCAUACUAUGUCUCCAGAAAGCCCUGACUCACCUUCGGGAAAUAUGGGAAUUAAUUGGAAUUCCCGAGGACCAGCGGUUACAAAGAACUGAGGUUGUAAAGAAGCAUAUCAAGGACCUCCUGGAUAUGAUGAUUGCUGAAGAGGAAAGCCUGAAGGAAAGGCUCAUCAAAAGCAUAUCCAUCUGCCAAAAAGAGCUGAGUACCCUGUGCAGCGAGUUACACGUGGAGCCUUUCCAGGAAGAAGGAGAGCCGACUAUCUUGCAACUAGAAAAGGAUUUGCGUACUCAGGUAGAACUGAUGCGAAAACAGAAAAAGGAAAGAAAACAGGAACUGAAACGACUCCAAGACCAAGACCAAGAACUGUGUGAAGUUCUCUGCAUGCCCCACUAUGACAUCGACAGCGCCUCAGUCCCCAGCUUGGAGGAGCUGAACCAGUUCAGGCAGCACGUGGCAUCCUUGAGGGAAACAAAGGCGUCUAGGCGUGAGGAGUUUGUCAACACAAAGAGACAGAUCAUACUGUGUAUGGAAGAAUUAGAUCACACCCCAGACACAAGCUUCGAAAGAGAUGUCGUGUGUGAAGAUGAAGAUGCCUUCUGUUUAUCUUUGGAGAAUAUUGCAACACUACAGAAGUUGUUACUGCAGCUGGAAAUGCGAAAAUCACAGAAUGAAGCAGUGUGUGAGGGGCUGCGUGCUCAGAUCCAAGAGCUCUGGGACAGGUUGCAGAUUCCAGCAGAAGAGAGAGAAGCGGUGGCAAUGGUUAUGACUGGGUCAAAGGCCAAGGUCAAGAAAGCGCUGCAAUUAGAAGUGGAUCGUUUGGAAGAACUGAAAAUGCAAAACAUGAAGAAAGUGAUCGAGGCGAUUCGAGUGGAGCUGGCUCAGUACUGGGACAGGUGUUUUUACAGUCAGGAGCAGAGACAGGGUUUUGCCCCUUACUAUGAUGAGGACUACACAGAAAAUCUGCUCCAGCUCCACGAUGCUGAGAUUGUGCGGUUAAGAAACUACUACGAGAGUCACAAAGAACUCUUCGAAGGUGUGCAGAAGUGGGAAGAAAGCUGGAGGCUUUUCUUAGAGUUUGAGAGAAAAGCUUCAGAUCCAAGUCGAUUUACAAAUCGUGGAGGAAAUCUUCUAAAAGAGGAGAAGCAACGUGCCAAGCUCCAGAAAACACUUCCUAAGCUGGAAGAGGAACUGAAGGUGCAGAUUGAAAUGUGGGAACAGGAGCACACGAAGCCAUUUGUGGUGAACGGGCAGAAGUUCGUGGAGUAUGUGACAGCACAGUGGGAGAUGCACCGAUUAGAGAAAGAGCGAGCCAAGCAGGAGAGGCAACUGAAGAACAAGAAGCAGACGGAAACAGAGAUGCUGUAUGGCAGUGCACCCCGAACACCCAACAAGCGGCGAGGACUGGCACCCACCACGCCGGGCAAAGUGCGCAAGCUGAACACUACCACCAUAUCCAACGCCACGGCCAACAGCACCAUCCGGCCUGUGUUUGGGGGGACAGUUUACCGCUCCCCAGUGUCUCGACUUCCACCUUCUGGCAGCAAGCCAGUCCUCACUUCUACCUGUUCAGGGAAAAGAACCCCUCGUGCUGGCCGGCAUGGCGCCAACAAGGAGAACCUGGAGCUCAAUGGCAGCAUCCUGAGCGGUGGGUACCCCAGCUCGGCCCCCCUCCAGCGCAACUUCAGCAUUAAUUCUGUUGCCAGCACCUAUUCUGAGUUUGCGAAGGACCCGUCCCUCUCUGACAGCUCCGCUGUUGGGCUUCAGCGAGAACUUUCAAAGGCCUCCAAAUCUGAUGCUACUUCUGGAAUCCUCAAUUCAACCAACAUCCAGUUCUGAGAAGCCCUGAUCAAUCAGCUAACUGUGGCUUCCUAUGCCUGCCUAGACUGGACCUAAUUAUACAGGGUGGCUUGAAUUUUUCUUGGGGUUACGUGUGCUCAAAACCUUGGAGAGUUUCAUUACUGGGGGCCUAACUUACAGAUGAAAGUCCAUCAUAGGCUUAGUGGGUCCUUAGACAUUGGUAUUGACUCAAGAAAUACAUUAAACGUUAGUUCGUAGCAGUAAGUAGAAAUUUUGGCGUAUGGAACCUAAGCGCACUUGCUAAAGCACGAUGAAGGGCUUGUCUAUCACCAUCAUGUAAUCAAGGGAUUGACUCUGCUCAUCCUUGGGGUACGGGAUGGGAAAACAUUUUUCAGCUUGUACACUUGUUUAGCAAUUAACAUCUUUAUUGUUUAGGGAUGUUCAAGUAAUGCUGUAGCUACAAUAGCUUUGCUCUCACCUAAAGGCCUGUCCCCACCGCCCAGGACAGCCUUCCUCCUCACGAGGAUGUGUGUGUGUCAGCAGCUGAGAUGGCCUGACCUACACCACAGGUGACAGCUUGGGCUCCCCGGCGAAACUGCAGUGCUCUUAUAUGGUAUGAACACAUUUCCUGGUCUGAACUCUACUUAUUCACUUUUUCUCUCUGUCCAGUGUCCCGCCCCCAUCCCUGUGCACGCAGUCAGGUUGGGAGGCUGUUGGGGACAUCUACGCCUUUGCACAUGUCAGUCCUGGGGAGUCGUUCCUGCUGUAGUGUAGGCGCCCUCUUUCCCCACACUGUUGCUCACUACUGUGGUUCCAAAAGCACUAGUAUUUAUUCUUACUCCGCCUGUGACACGACUAGUGUCAGCACACUAAAUGCUUGUAAGAAGGUUAUCGGUAUGGACUACGGCUAAGUGUCAGCCAUGCUGUAUAGUCACAUGUAUACAUGUCCUGAUUUUAAAAUAUAAAUAUAUUGUUCAGAAUAAAUUAAAAUGUGUGUACUUACAUUUAAAAAGGA